CAUAUGUGUGAAUACGUUUGGAAUUAAGACAUUUCAGCAAGUAUUAUUAAACACAAAUAUUUUAAAAUUUUUUCCGAAGAAUAACUUAACAACUGCAUAAACAUGAGUACAGCAAUGCCCAUAAAUCCCAAACCUUUUUUAAAUGGUUUAACUGGUAAGCCUGUAUUAAUAAAAUUAAAGUGGGGUCAUGAGUAUCGUGGUUAUUUGGUAUCUGUUGAUGGGUAUAUGAACAUGCAAUUAGCUAAUACAGAAGAGCAUAUUGGAACUCAAAUUACGGGAAAUUUAGGAGAAGUUCUCAUACGUUGCAACAAUGUUUUGUAUAUUAAAGGAGUUGAUGAUGACGAUGAAGAAGGAGAGAUGAAAGACUAAAAAUUUGUUCAUUCUGUAAUCAUUACGUACAUGUUUAAUUAAUAUAAAUUGACCAGCUUUUUAACAAUAUUGAGUACAUUUAUGAAACUUCAACAAUUAUUAUUACCUAUUAGUUUACGUUGGGAUUAUUAACACUACAAUCUAAAGAUUGAUGUUUUAUGAUGUGAGCGAAAACAAUAACUGAGUCAGAUAAUCUAAUUGGGAAUAUUGAAUAGUUAGGUUUUUAUAGGAAGUGUGCAAUUAUGUCGCCUUGUGUAUUUUCGGAAUAAUAAACACCCACGUGCAUAUAUACAUGGAUGUCUAUGAAAAUUUCAAUAGAUUUAUUAGUUUCCCGAGAGCGUUACAUGUUAUGAGAAAAGUACAUACUAGUGCUAUGAGCCAUACGGUAGGUACAUACACUAAGUUUUCGAGAUACGACAUUUCGAGUUACGAAUUGGUAUAAAUUUAGAUCAUUUUUAUUCGGCUUGCUACGUUAUUCCUGAUACGACAAAAAUUUAAAUAUUUUUUUUUGUUUUUGAUAGAUUUAACCUUUUUUGAAUAAAAAUCUAUACCAAAUUUAGUUAUAAGACAAGAUCAAAACACAUACUUCAAUAAUGAACUCUUUCUAGUUAAAAAUGGUAGUUAGUAGUUAAAACUAUGAUUUGAAGUGAUAUACAUACAUACUUACAUACAUAUAUCAACCUAAUUAAAUUUUAUUUUAUUCAUUAUUGUCACAAAAUUGAGCUUUUUGGUUUCGUUAUUAUAUUUUGUUUAAACUUUGUUAUCUUUUUUUAAAAAACAGGUCAAUUGUAUCAUAAAAUAGUAUGUCUAAUUCACUUUUUGUUUCCACACAUUUUUUUUCCUCCCCAAACGACAUAUCGAAUUGCGAAAUAAAUUUCUGGUCCUCUGCUCGAGGACUUAGUAUAUUAAUUACCGCGUCGGUAGGGAAUGCAUAAUUGGUGAAAAUACCAAAGCAUAUUGGCAGUGAUAAAAAUAAAUAAGCUCCGCAAAUAAUGCGAUGUAUCUUCUGAAUGAUCUUAAGACUUCUACGGGUGGUUUUUGAAGUAAUAACCUAAAAAUCAAUGCAAGUAAAUGUGCACAAAUGUGCUACUCCAUACAAAAGCGGCCACUUUUUACAAGCUAUACUUUGAAUAGCCAAGCUUUUAGUCGAGUUGAUUCAAUAAUGGACAUGGGUGUUUGCUUCGAUAACAAGUUAUCAUUCAUAAACCACUACAAUCAUAUCAUAUGCAGAUCAUAGGUAUCAUUAAACACUGGUCAAAGGAGUUUAAAGAUCCUUAUGUCUUAAUUAAUUUUUCAGCUUAUGAAAACUGACUUAAUCUCUCCCUAACUCUAACUUUAGGUCCCGUUCCCCUGAUCUUUUCAUGGUUCCUUUUCAUAGGACCAAUUAUGAGGAUGCUGCGUUUAUGCAACAAACACGAACACAGACUUGAGUUUUCACUAAAGAAUGAUACAUUGAAAAAGCUUCUAUUUACUUAUAGCUAAGUAUAACCCUUUUUUUAUACAACGCAGUAAUAAUACUAAUAAUAAUACUAAUAAAUUUUAUUUUGUAUAAUUUUUAAAUUUAAUUUUUAAGUCGAAAAUUUUUUCCGUCUAAAAAAUAUGUACAUAUAUGCACUCUUUAAUUUUAAGUUAUGUAAAAUCUUUGAGCUAAACAUAAAUAUCUUGCAGAAAAUUCUGGCUCAAUGCGUAGACAACAAAGCAGGCUAUUGGGAUGUUGGUUGAUUUUUGAAUGUACUAUCCUUAGAUUUUUAUUUUAAAUACACAUAUGUAUAUUAGAUUUUGUAACAUGAUGUUCAGCUGCUUUCGAAUUUGUUAAAAUACAUUUUGUAACAAAUUCGGACGCGAAAAAUGAUAUAGCUAUGGGUAAAACCCUCUUGGUACUCUAUAAAACAAAAUUUACAUGAAAUUCAUAUUGUUCAAGAGUUGAUGACUUGGGAAUUCCAACUUUUCAAUAGACCCAAUAAGCUAAAAAAUUGCUCAAUCAAAAACCAUUUACCGUAGGUUGGUUGACAUGUAUAAUAAAUUAAAGCUUAUCUAGCAGAAUUAAAAAAAAUAUGUGCCUAGGCACUUGAAUUAAAAAUUUUCUAAAAUGCAGAGUUACAAUUUAUAACAAUAUAAAUUUGAAAAAAUAAUUUUUAAUUAUUGUAGUAUUAAGUUAAGUAUCGUAUCCACGUUAACUAAAAUAUUGCACGCAAUAUAAGUACAUUUAUGUAUUCAUAUAAGUGUUUUUACAAAAAUAAUCUGCGGAAAAAUGUUUUAACUUAAUAAUAUGUAGAUAUGUAUAUAUGUAUUUGCAAAUAUUCUAAAAAAUGUUUAUGAUAUACUGCAUGAUUUUCUGCAAUUUUAAAUAAAAUAAAAGUAUAAGUGUUAGGUUUUUAUAAACAUGUAUUUAACUUUUUAAUAAUUAAUAAAAAAUCUGGUAAUAAACUAAAUUAAACAUAAAUUUGCAAUAAUUCAGUUGAAAAAAAAAAUACAGAAUUUUAUUUUCUUAUAUUGUAAUUUUUCGAAUCGUCAGCUAACGGAUUUUUUUCUGUUGUCUGGCUGAAAAUGUUGCAUUUUUUGACUUAAAAUUAGCGGUGUCUAUCCUCUAUAUGUUUUGCCAAACAUUUAAAAAAAAAUACCCGUUUUCUGAACAGAUAAUGAUUUCUAAAAUAAGAACGCAAUUUUCUGUUGUGUCCCAUUUUAAUAGUUUUUUUUUA